AUGGACGAAAUAUUAUUCCGACUAUCCAGCAACCUCGAAGCUCUCCAGAUCGAAACGUCUUCAAUAGCCCAACAAGCCUAUCAAUUGGUGUUGUCCUGGUUAACAGAGUGCCAACGAAUGCUUCAAAAUGUUUGCAGCGAUCAGUACAGUCAACAUAUCAAGGACCUGGGAUCUUUUACAGCUUCGUUGUACCACAGAGCGUAUGAUAAUAUUCAUUUUGGUUAUUACAGCGCGAGGAUUAACUUCCGGGAUUUUUAUAGACAAUUAGGAGGCUUUCAAUCGAGUGAUGUAUCAAAGAGAGACGUAGCUUUUUGCACAAUAGGCCUAGCAAUUGGAAUUUUUAUUGGAUAUAAUGUUGGAUUAAACUGGAAGCAAAAAGUCAAACGUAUACAUUAUAUGAAAGCUAUAAUAUGUCAUCACUAUGCUGGAGUAGAGGGAGUCUCGUUAAUUGACGACGCGGAAGUACCAUCAAUACAGCGAUCAAACGAAUUGCUAAUCCAAGUGAAAGCAGCAUCAGUAAAUGUAGUGGACGCUAAAAUAUGCUCAGGAUACUCAAAAGCGUACCGUAGAAUAUUGAAUUCUGGAUCUAUAAUUUGUAUUGAGCAGCAGAAAGAACUGCCAGUAGUGCUUGGACGAGACUGCGCGGGAAUAGUCGUUGAGAUUGGUCCGAGUGUCCUUGGAUUUGACGUAGGAGACGAGGUAUUUUUGGCGGUACCAUCUUGGGCCUCUGGUACCAUGUCUGAGUACCUAGUGGUGGCCGAAAAUCAAGUAGCCAAGAAGCCUAAAUUGAUAACUUUUGAAGCUUCGGCUUGUAUGCCUUACAGCGGGUGUAUUGCUUGGAAUGCUUUAGUCAACGAAUCUAUUAUUGAAGAAGGAAAUGCUCAAAAUAAAAGAGUGUUAAUUUAUGGAGGAUCAACACCAGUAGGAUGUAUUUUAAUUCAAUUGAUAAAAUUAUGGGGUGGACAUGUAACAGUGAUCUGUAAAUUAGAGUCCGCCAAAGUUAUAAAAGCCCUGGGAGCUGAUGACAUCAUCUCGUCAAAUGAUUGCGAUAUUUAUAAAGAAUUAGAACUUCAUGAUAAAUAUCAUGCAAUAUUUUACACCGAAGACCAUCCAAUCGAUUAUCGAGCUUUAAAGAGACAAUUGAUGCCUUAUGGAUCGUUUGUAUCGACAGUCCCAGAACACUUGGCUUCUGAUUCAUUCGGAUUCGUAUCCGGGAGUCUGUUUGCCGGGUGUGUAAGAAUAAAACUACUGGUCCAGUAUGUGUUUGGAAGGAAUAUAAACCAGUGGAACGAGGGCUCGAAGAUAAAACCGUCUUACCUGGAGACUCUACGUGAGUUAGUAGACGCAGAUCAAUUGCAGAGUGUCGUGGGUGCUGCCUUCCGGCCUAAUCAUAUUGAGCAGGCGUUACAACAUGUCCUAGACCCAGAUGCGAUUGGUAGUACGAUUAUUAAAUUUAGAUGA